AUUUUUCGUAAGUAACGCGCGCUUUUCGAACGGUUCCUGCCUGGAGGAUCUGGUGAUCCCCUGCUACUAGACACGGAAGCCUGUUAAGCGAAAGCUUCUAUUCCAUCCACAACCAUUUGAACCAUUUAAAAAUGAGUACAAAUUGUAGGCAAGGGAAAGUCGAGGUUAGUGGUAAGUAUUAAUGUAUGCCAAACAUUUUUCUAUGAAUCAUUUUGAAAAAACAUCAAGAUCACUCGCUAUUAUCUGAAUUUAAUCAAGAUGUUUGUCUUCAGCUUAUUAAUGGUCAGAAGGUCGGAAAGGAUUCUGAAGCCCAAAGUCAUAGUAUUUUGAGUAAUUAUUUCACUGAAGAAAUAAAUUCGGACGAUCCAUUCGGUUCUGUUUGUGACUCAAAUCCUAAUGAAUUGCAAUACUGAUCUAUCAAAGUGCUCUCAGUUGGAUCCUAAACAAGAUGUAACGAGUUUGAACCGUCUAAGACAACGAGAUGCCUGGUUGCCUUCUGAAUCUACUCAAAAAGCAUUAUUGAGUCCAAGUCCCGAAAACAAGUUAGUUGAGGUAAAACCUAUUCUCAUGGGCAAAGAUUAUGAGAUUGGCGGUAGUGGUAGCAGUUCUGCUUUUGAUCCAUUCCAUUAUUUGUUGGCUCAGUAUACGGGCGAUGAACCAAACGUUAAUGCAAUCCAACGGGUUCCAUCUAUUGAACUGAGGAGUCAAAGUGGUGAUGAUCUCAAAAAAUUAAUUAACAAUGGAUGGUAUACUUGUGCACUGAAUCUUACUUAUCGUAUUCUUUCAGCUGCUGGUUUUAAAAAUGACGAAAGUGAGGCCGUUUUAUCUCCAUAUACUGCUCAGAUUUGGUUGUGUCGAUUGGCCUUAUUAGUUCGUACGCAAAAUUAUAAAUUGGCUGAACAUGAAUUUGCUACUUUUCAUAACAUGGAAGCACCGAAUUUCUAUUUUGAAUAUUCUCCCCAAAGAUAUCCUGGACGGACAGGUUCUAUCAUUCCAUUUUCUUUAAGACUACUUCAUGCUGAAUUACCAUUUAAUUUAAAUCGUACAAAUGAAGCAUUAGAUCGUCUAUAUUACUUAUUAGCUAUUAUUGGUCGAAUUCAAAGUAAUUUAGAGAAAGGCUUUAGAGAGGAUGGUUCGAUAAGUGAACCAGAUCUUGUUUACCGACAAGCCUCAUUAAAUUUAUGGACUGCUCGUAAAAUUCGGGUGCUUUCCAGCUGUUUAUCAAUAUUUCUACAUAAGUUAGAUUAUCAAUCAGCACUAAAUAUAGUACGUCAAUUAACACAUCUAUGCAGUGAUAAUCAGGUUGUGCUUAGAGGAUUCUGUAGUUUACUUGGUCGUGUUCAUUUGCAGUUUGGGGAUUUGCAAACGGCUAAAGCACUUUUCGACAGAUCGUUACCUAAUGCGGAAUUUCCACUGGGCUAUAAACUUCAAUUACUGAUUCUACAGAAUUUUCAUAAUGCGUUGUUAUCGAUUGGUAAAGGGGAAUAUGAAGAAGCGAGAAUGUUCUUUGAAACUGUUCUACAAUUAGAUCCUACAAAUGUGGCAGCGGCCAAUAAUUUAGCUAUUUGUUCUUUAUAUGUUGGACGACUAUCAAAAUCAAUUGAAGUGUUGGAGGAUCUAACAACAACUGGACUAACUAGUCAACCAAUAAACAAUUUAGGCGUUAUUACAACUGCUUCAACAACUACAGGAUUUUCUACAUCAUUCAUGUUCAAUGCACGAUGUCGUCGAUUCUGUCUACAUGAUGUAAUGAUUUCAAAUUUAGCUGUAUUAUAUGAGGUAGAAUCAGAUCUGGCCACAUUGAAAAAAGUUAACUUACUGAAAAAGUUGAUUGAAAUAUCUGGCGAACCAGUGCACAUAUCAUCAUUUAAAUUAUCUAUGAAACAAUAAAACAAUAAUUAGUAUGUAAUAUUAACAAAUAUCUUUCAUUCUAAAUCACUUGAAUGAAAAAGAACAUUUAUUUGAUUGAUGCCUAUAAAAACAUAUUGUCAGAACUAACCUCCAAAAUUAUAUCUCAUAUUAGAACAUAAUAAUUCACUGUUUCGGUUUUACUUACACCUGUUACUCAUGGAGGAGCAUAGGCCGCUCAGCAACAUUCUCCAUCCAACUCUGUCCUGGGUAAUCCUUCCCAGUUAUAUAUUCAGUAUCUAUUUGUUCUUUAGAUGUCUGCCUCCGAUUCCUGACUCAAUGUGUUCUUUGGUCUUCGUCUUUUCAUUAACUCUUUGGAUUUCCGACUUAAUAAGAUUGUCGAAUUUUUACCACUAGAAUAAGAGACAAUUUCGAACGCACAAUGGAUGUUAGACAAAUAGAAACGGUAAAGCAGUUGGUAUUAUCUUAUGAAUUAAAAGAACACGAAGUUCAGUGAAUGGAUUUAUCAUGUAAAAUCGUAUAUGUGUAAAAAAAACUUUCAAGAUUAAGGACGUAUGAGCAAAGAAUACAUAUGAUGAUGUAAUAGAA